UAUCCCUUUAUAAUCCUCUGGGUUCUGACCUAUUUUCCAUUUCCCAAUAGAAACAAAAAAAAAAAAAAAACAAAUUUUCCCUUGGUUCCCUGGCAAAAAAAGUAACACCAACCCAAUUCCUGGAAAUGGAUCCUGACGACGGAGUCACAUCUGAUCUUAGCACGAGUGCUGGAGAACCCAACACCGCCACGGCUAGCGACAACAUCAACAAGAAGGAUAAAAAUUAUGAAAACUCACCGUUCCAGAUUAUGCCAUUAAAAGAAGAGCCGAUAGAAUCCGACCAUAAGACCCAUCCUACGCCGCCUAUUGGGGUGGUCCCAGUUGCCAUGCAGAUUCAACAGAUGCCAAUACAAAUCCCUAUGCCUAUGCCUGUCAACGCCAGUAAACGCUCCUCCACCAAGGACCGUCACACCAAAGUCGAAGGUCGUGGUCGAAGAAUCCGAAUACCAGCCACUUGCGCCGCCAGGAUCUUCCAGCUGACUCGUGAACUCGGCCAUAAAUCAGAUGGAGAAACAGUCAGGUGGCUCCUCGAACAUGCUGAACAAGCUAUCAUAGAAGCUACCGGUACCGGCACUGUUCCUGCCAUCGCUGUCUCAGUCGGCGGUACCCUCAAGAUUCCUACAACGUCAGGCACAAACGCUUCCAAUAACAACAACAAUAAUAACCGAAUAGAUGACAGUGCCAGAAAGAAAAGAAAGCGCCCUGCGAACAGCGAGUUCUGCGAUAUAAAUGAAGGAAUUUCAUUUGCAGUUUCACAACAACAGCAACAGUUAGUCACGCAAGCUUCAGGGUUGGCUCCAGUUACUCCGCAAGGACUGGUGCCAGUUUGGACUGUCGGGAAUAGUGGAAUGAUGGUACCGGCAAAUGCAUUUUGGAUGAUCCCACAGCCGACGGCUACGGCUGCUGGAAAUGUGCUUACUAAUCAGCAGCCGUCGCCACAGAUAUGGGCUUUAUCACCAUCUUUAACACCUGUUUUUAACGUGUCUGCAAGGCCCAUAUCUUCAUUCGUUACAACAACAAAUCAAGUUCAACCAGUUGUGUACAAUAAUGGUUUGUCAACUUCAGCUGUGAAUGCAAGCAGUACACCAGUGGGGGCGACGGUGGCAAAGAGGUCAACCAUGGCGCCAAGCGUGAGUUCGGUUGGUAAUGAUAGCGGCAGCAUUGGGAAUAGGGGUAAGGCUCAGAUGCUUAGGGAUUUUUCAUUGGAGAUUUAUGAUAAACAAGAGUUGCAAUUCAUGGGGCGGUCAGAGAAUCAUCAUCAGCAUAUGCAAGCUGCUUCUAAGCAAUAAAAUUUAGAUUUCUGAAAGGUUAUAAUCCAAUGAAAUAAUAAAAAAAAAAGUUUUAGAGGCUGUCUUUAUCUGUAACCUGUGUUUUCUCAAAGUGAUAGUGUUUUAGUGAGAAUUCGUCCAUCUUGCAAGUUGCAAAAUGCAAAGUAUUCAUGAACAUCAGUUCUUCACGCGUCUCCAUGUUUUAGUGUGAAAUUUAAUCUAACACACACACACACACACAAAAAAAACCCUUGUCUAAAAUGGAUAAGGUUUUACUUGGUAUGGACAUUUAUUUGUAGACUAUAAUCAUAUCAAAAUUCCAGACUUUAUGAUGUAAUGUCAGAUGAAUUCACAAUAUCAAUAUCAAUAUCAAAUGAUAUGACAAAGAUUCUAACUUCAAUAGAACGAUACUGUUUGACAACUAUAAAUGUUCGAUAUGCUAAAAAUAUUUGCAUAUUUUUUAAUAGCCAUAUCAUAUCCUAUAUAUUCAUUGUCAAACUUAUAGGAGUAGCAAAAUUAUAUGAAAAUGUGUAAUGCAUUUUCGGUUGUCACACAAAUAUAAUGUGUGCUACUACUAAUUUCAACCUUAACAGCCAACAUCUGC